AGAAGAAAAAACAAAAAGAAACAAAACGAAACAAAACGAGACUUACACAAACAACGAAUAUGUACCGACGCAGGCCCAAAACUGGCUCUGCUGAGAUGGAUUUGGCUCCGACAUCAUGCAGUCCCAGCUAUGCAAAUGACUGCAGAUCAGCAGACUUCACAUCACCAGGCCUGGACAUCCAGCAGCUGACUGGUCAUCAAGGAGACCGUCCCCCUCAGCCACAGGGUGGGAGCUCCACUUGGGAGCAGGAGGAGACACAGCCCCCUCUUAUUAAAGAGGAAGAAAUGGAGCGCCACAUUAAAGAGGAAGAGGAGGAGAAGCCACAGCCCCCUCUUAUUAAAGUGGAAGAAAUUGAUCUGGAGCACCCCCACAUUAAAGAGGAAGAGGAGGAGCCACAGCCCCCCAAUGUUAAAAAGGAAGAGGAAGAACUCUGGAUCACUCAGGAGGGAGAGCAUCUUCCAGGGCCAGAGGAGGCUGAUCUGGCCAGGAUGCCACUGACUGGUGUCCCUGCAGCGACUAAAGACCAUAAAGACAAACCACCUGAGCUCUCACAGCUUCAUCAUAGUCCAAGUGAGGAGAUGAGCGAGGCGGAGCCUUCAUGCAGCAGCUCACUGCAACACAUGACAACAGAAGCUGAUGGAGACCACCGUGGAGGAUCACAAGCAGACAACCUCUUAGCUCCACUGUCAGAUAGUGACGACACAACGUCACACUCUCCUGAAGGUGAAGACAGCGACUAUAACCAAGAAUCUCUGAGCAGCGAUACAGACUGUGAAGGUGAUAUGAUGACUGACACCGGCAACAAACACUCUGAAAGCUCUAAAAAGACAACAGCAUUCACACAAUAAGGAAAAACCGCCACUAAUGAAAAGGUUUGACACAACGUGCCAACACUGCCAUCUCGUGGUCACAACGAGAUACAGCAUUUACAAACAAUACUGACUUUAUGGCAAAGAUGAAUAGACAGUUGCUACAGUUGAUUCCUUUAUUUGAAGAAGAAGAAGCGGAAGAAUGAACAGAUGAGAAAUGCUGCAACGCUUUGUGAUUCGUCGAGAGGUGACGGCGAUUGGAGGACUUCCGUCUGUAGUAUUCUGAUAUACCACGUGAUGAAUGCACACGGGGAUUUCAACCAAGCGCAUUUAGGUUACAAACCACAUGCGUUACCAGCCAACCCAUGUCCCUGCUGCAGACACAGCACAAUGAUUCAGUCAUAGAACAUGUCAAUAAAUGAUGAUCAUCAGCAGAGGGCGCCCUUAAAUUGCCUAUUCAUUUUCAGUGGGAAAGAUUUAGCAGAAAAUAUGAAUUUACACUAAAUGUGGGAAUAUUUGGAAAAGUCUGAUUUGGUAGCACACCUGUCCCGAGUGAGCUGAAUGUUUUGAUGUUAGAUUUGUUUGAAUUGGUUGAGAAAUGGAGGAGUAGUGAGCAAAAAAGAGACGGAAGAAUAAAGAGAAUAAAAAUGUGUAAAUGCUUUCACCGUUCACACAAUUAAACUAUCAACAAAGACAAAAAGGGCCGCACGGUGAACGAGUGGUUAGCAUGUUGGCCACACAGUCAGGAGAUGGGAAGAUCUGGGUUGGAAUCUCCGUUGGGCAUCUCUGUGUGAAGUUGGUAUGCUCUCCCCGUGCGCGCGUGGGUUCUCUGGGUACUUAAAAGACAAGAGUGCAGCCAAAAUAGCCAGCUUUGAGUCAGUUCUUACAUUUAAGUCAAUAAUGUUACGUUCGUGUGUGUUAAAUUGAUAAAUGCUGAGAUUUACAAUAAUACUGUAUUUGCAGGACUUGUUUACAUUGAUACGUGGAUCGAUCCCAAAGAGGAACCAAUUUUCGCCAGUGUGUGUGUUUCAGUAAGACGUUAAUGAUUGGUGCACACCAGACGUCACCAAGCCGAAGAGCAAGUUGCUGUUGUACCCACUGAACUGUACUAAUGCAGGUAUAUCUGGGUAGCUCAUACGUCGCACGUCGCAGUGCAUGCCGCUGAAGCCAAAGAGACGCCAUCUUACUACUCACAACGCGACUACAUUGGCACAGCGUACAUAGUGUACAAAGCAGAUGAAGAGGCUAACAGAACAUCUAUAUUUGACAUUAAAAAGCGGGGAGAUUCUCCCAUUCCUUCAAGUAACGCAACCUUCGUCCCUUAAAAACUAUUUGAUACGUUAUUCUCUAUCAUUUGGCUAUAUUAAAUGUACUUUUUCCCCUUCCAAUUCAAAUUUGCCUUUGGGACAAAAUUCUCAGCACUCCCCUAUAGCAAUGAUAGUUUUACUCCUCUAGAAAGAGAUUUUCAUUUGAACUGCAUAUCCCAUCCCUUUUUUCCACUAAAAUCCAUGGUCAUGAUCCUUUACUUUUUAUUCUUACUUUCAUACAAUUCACUAUGCUCUCAUCUGUACAAAAUAUUCAAGAUUCAAGAUGAAUCAUAAAAGAGACAAGUUUUAAAAUCAUUUAACAUUAUGCUGUUUUUUUGUUUGUGUUAUGAAAUAGAAAUAAGCUCUUUUCUGAUAUAGAAAUAUAUUUGAACAAAAACCAGAGGAAUAAUAUGUGAUAACCAUAAUGUGUAAUAACCAUAAACACACACACAGAAAAAAACAACAACACUGAAACAAAACCAUAUGCUUUGGGUAAGACAAUACGUUGUUUGCAAUCUCAAACAUACCGGUAUGCAUGUUCAGGAAUAUUAUUUUCCAGAACAUAUCAUAUGAAUUAAUCCUUUUACGUCAGUCAUUCAGCAUUGUUGUUUAUCCAAAUGAAGGGUCAUGCCGGGUCAAUUGUAUGCUAACUGGCUUGCUAACUGCACUGUAUACAAUGCCUGGUAAGCAUCAUGGAAGUACUGAGGUUCUCCUUCCUUCAAGUAGCGCAACCUUCGUCCCUUAAAGAAUACAUAUAUCAUGAUAGAACAAAAAAGUAGGUACAUUUCCUCUUAGCUAUUAUAGAGCUAUAUAAACGUAUCAAUUCUGGACAUACAUUUAAUCAGAGGAAUUUUACACGAUCGAAAAUAUCUGAGAGAUCGACAGUGCAAAACCCUUAAAUGAUCAAUAAUAAAUCUACAUUUCAAUCAUACUUACAGGUGAAAUGUUCGUCCACAGCCUUUGAACUGGCGAUUUGUGCAGUUAAUAGCUGCACAUGAAGGCAUCUUAAGUUGGAAUUUGUGUCCAAUCCGAAUUAAUAAAAGAAGUUCACCACGAAUGCAAAAGCUUGCCCGAGAAGUGUUUCUUGCGAGUGGCAAUAUGGCGGCCAUGUGGCUUCACAAGUCAUCGCUAAUGAGCUUUCCAGAUACAUAAUACAGAUCAGUGGUUGUAAUUCUCAGAAGACCCUAUUGUACUCUUCUCUCUAAUAUAAAUGAAUCAUCUUGAAGGUGUUUACAUACGAUGCCGUUCUCAAUGAAUGUGCUAUUGUUAGCCGCUAACGUUAGCCCGCUAGCAGGUCUAUGUAGUACAGGGGUGUCCAAACCUUUUCCAGCGACGGCCACAUAGUGAAAAAUGAAAGGAUGCAACUGUGCCACUUUGAUAUUUAGUAAACAACACAUGUAGACAUGCUAGGAAGCUACAGUACAGUAGCUCAAGAAACAUCUGCAUUUCACCUUUGGAAUAUAUCUGGAAUGGAGGAGAAAUGCUACUAAAAGCACCUUUUUUACACAAUAACACCAGUUUUGGUGGAAAAUUUGGAAAAUUAACACUUUUGUUCUUCACUCCAUUACGACUUUAUUUCUUAAAAUUUUGACUUUAUUCCUGUAGAAUUACAGCACUUUUUACAUUUGUAGUGUUUUUUAAAUUUUCCAACUAUUUCAUUUCGGCUUUCCUCUUGUAAAUGUUCUUCUUGUGAUUAUUACUUUAUUCCCAUAAUAUUUUUAAUCUUUUAAAACAAUGGAUUUUUUCUUUAUUUCAACGUUGUUACUAAAAUUCUAUUUUUCCUCAUUUUACAAGUUUAUUCUCAUAAAAUUGCAACAUUUUUUUUCUCUUAAUAUUUUGACUUUACUUAAUUUAAUUUAACUUAAAUUUCUGCUGUUUAUUUUAAAAAUAGAUUUUCCAAACAGUUCAACUUUCUUCUUGUAUAUUUCUUCUCUUAACAUUCGGACUUUAUUCCCAUGUUGUACAUUUUCCCCCAACCUAAGUUUCCAAAAAUGACAACUUUCAUUGUUCAUUGUUUUUGACAAUAUAACUUUUUUCUUGAAUAUUUCAACUUCCUGCCACUAAAUUGACAUUUUUCCUCCUACUAUGACUUUAUUCUUAGGAAAUGAUGCCUUUUUUUCCUUGCUAGAUUACAACUCUUCUCUUCAUAUUUGGACUUUUGAUUGAUUUUCCCAUUUUUGCUGCUGUUGUUUUUUUUAUGAAGUUUCCUUGUUAAAUGACAUUUUUAGACUGUGGUGCGGGCCGAUAAAAUCACAGCCGCGGGCCGCACUUUGGACCCCCCUGAUGUAGGACAUGCAAAGCCAUGGUUUGUGUUGUGAAUACUGGUUUUCCUAUUUCUGCUGGUCCAUCUUACUUGGGCCACUCUUUUUGGAAUACUACACGGAUGCCUACCUUUUGGUUAUCUGUCCCAUUUCUCCUGCCACGUCUUCAUAAGCCUUUCUUUCCCAAUUGGCUUCAUUUCAGCUUGACUACUUAAUAUUCAGCCCUACAUGUGCUGUCUUGGCAUAUGUACGUGCCAACUCAUUCCCCUCCGCUCCUAUAUGUUCUGGCACCCAUAACAGUCAUUGUUAGCUGCUUUCUUUAUCCUACUAAUAGUCUGGAGGUUUGAUGUGAAUGAUUGCAUUUCAUUUUGACUUGUAAUGACGGCAUUUCAGCACCAGGUGGCGCCGUAGGCGCAGUGGCUUGAGAGAGCCGUUUCCAAUUACCCUCUUCUACCACUGGUCAGAUCAGAACCCAUCUGCAGCAAUGUCAAAGACAAGAAAAGUCACAGUGAGUGAGGGUGUUUAACAAAGAAAUACGUUUUUACUAAAGUCCGGUCCAAGGCUGUAUGUCUUAUUUGCCAAGAAACCGAAAAGAAUACAACAUCAGCCGUCACUUUUCCACCCAGCAUGCUAAUUACACUAGCAACCUUUCAACACAAGAACGUGCGGCUACCGCUGACAGGUGGUUGCUAGCUUACAGGCUCAGCAAAACACCUUUAUUGGAGCAACUUCCAUCCAAGAAACAAGCACGAAGACAAGUUAUUUAUUGCAUUCAAACUAGCAAAAGCCAGCACGCCUUCCUCCAGAGGGGAGUUUCUUAAAGAGGCACGGUAGAGACAGCAAGUAUUUUAUGCCUCUUCCUUAUCACGCAGGUCAGUGACCACCGUAUUGAAGUAAUUGACGAACACUUCACCAGCAAGCUAAACAAAAAAGCAGAGGCAUUUCCAUGAUAUUCUUUGGCACUGGACGAAGCAAUGAGCUUUUCAUUUUUAUCAGAGGGAUUCAUGAGAAUUUUGAGAUAAAGGAGGAGUUUUUGGAUAUGGAAUCCCUGAAAGGAAAAACACGGGGAGAGGAUUUAUUUACCAGCGUGUCAGCAGUCAUGCAGAGGCACAGGUUACCUUGGAGUACACUCACCAGCGUUACCACACAUGGAUCGCCAAAUGUGACAGGAAAAAAUGUGGGGAUGCUCAAGAAAAUUCAGGACAGGUGAAAGAGGAAACCCUGAGCAGGAGGUCAUGUUUCUACACUGCAUAAUUCACCAGGAAGCGCUUUGUAAAUCUGUGUUGCAGCUUGACCACGUAGUGAAGCCGGUUGUGAAACUCGUUAACUUUAUUGCACUGGCUAAAAUGCAUAUUUGGAGCAGCUGGACGAGAGCAGGAGGGGACAGAGAAGAAGAGAAAAGAAAACAGAGGGGGUGUGCGGGGAUAAGAGGGGGACAAAGAGAGAGAGAGAAAAAAGACAACAAGGACAACAGCAGCAACAAAAAUUGUGACAACAACAACAAAAACAUACAGGACUACAUCAGCAAAUGUCUGUGAUGACUAUAAAGAACAUGAUGGGAAGGACAAGAUAAUAUCAACAACCACAAUGACAGUACUGCAUUGAAACAGUCACGCAUAAUAGUAGUAAUGAAAUGAUGAACUAUGAUAGUGAUCACAAUGACAAUACUGCAUUGAAACAUCCAUUUUCUAUACCGCUUCUCCUCAUUAGGGUCGCGGGGGUAUGCUGGAGCCUAUCCCAGCUGACUUCGGGCGACAGGCGGGGUACACCCUGGACUGGUCGCCAGCCAAUCGCAGGGCACAUAUAGACAAACAACCAUUCACACUCACAUUCAUACCUAUGGACAAUUUAGAGUCGCCAAUUAACCUAACAUGCAUGUUUUUGGACUGUGGGAGGAAACCGGAGUGCCCGGAGAAAACCCACGCGCACACGGGGAGAACAUGCAAACUCCACACAGAAAUGCCCAAGAAAGAAUCGAACCCAGGUCUUCCCGAUCUCCAGGCUGUUACUGUGUUGGCCAACGUGCUAACCACUACGUAGACCACCGUGCGGCCCUGCAUUGAAACAGUCACACAUAAUAGUAGUCAUGAAAUGAUGAACUAUGAUAGUCAACAGAGUGACAAUAACUGUCAUGCACAUCAUUGUAAAAACUAGAAUCGUAUUGCUGACAUCACUGUCGCUGUAAUAAAACCAACAACAUAAUAAUACCCUGGUUAACUCAGUGACUAACGUGGGGAAGUACGUAUGUACUGUGAGUGUGCAUAUGUACGUGUGUGCAGGUAUCUCUGUACAGUAUGUGUGCAUGUCAUCAUAUAUAUGAAGGUGCAAGAGUGUGUGAGCGUGUAAUUGUCACUGAGAAUGCAUGAGAGGAAAGGGCUCCCCCUCCAACACCCAGAGAGCCCCGCCCCAAAUAGCCAGGCCGAGCCCCAUCGCCGGAAAGCCGGCAGGCCCACGGGGGCAGGCAGCCCAAAGAUCAGCGCCCCAAGAGCCAACCCUGAGAGCCCUCCCCCCCCAGGAAGACCAGCAAGGGGUCGCAGAGAGGUAAUCCCAACCAAAGACAGGGCACCGGCGGGCCGGAGGACAGCCAAUCCACGAGACCAGCGAGAGGUCACACCCCACAAAGGCAGACGAGCACCGGGGGCCACACACAGGCAGGCCCAGAGACGCCCCCGCAACCGGAAAGAAGCCCGCCUACGCCGGAAGUGCCAAUCCCCCCCCUACCGCCACCCCCAGGAAGCGGAGCCCGGCUCGCCCCGGGCCACCCCCCGCCCGACUCCCCGCCCAGGGCCACCCCGCCCAGGGACGCAGGAGGCACCCCCCCACCCACCCGGCGGAGGCAGAGAUGUAUCACCCAGCACCUGACCCCACGGAGCAGACCCCUGUAUGCCUCCUACCCCCAAAAUAAAUAACUAAAAAAAAAAUAAAUAAAAGCACCCACACAUACGCACUGACGCACAUAUACACACACACACAUAAGCACACGCACGCACACACUCGUACGCACAGGCAUACGCACGCACACACACACACACACACAUAGUGGUCGACUGCCCGACACCCGGAAGCCUCGCUCCCAGAUAUCUCCCGUCGGCAACGCGGAGCGCAGUGGAGCCGGAGACCCCGGGGUCCCAGACAUACAACCCAGAACCGGUGCCGCGGAGAACGCGGACCACUGGGGAGCAGGAAGACCCCAGGCCACCCCAUCCCAACGGCAGGACGCAGACAGAGGAGCCGGGGAGGAGGAAAGCGCGCAAACGAGCAAGCGGGCGGGCACACGGGCGAGCUGCCGGGCGAACCACCACACCGCGCUAGCUGACACCCGCGGGGCAGCAAACCCCAGAGAGGGAGUGGGAGUGGGUUAGAGGUUAACACUACUACUACUAACAAUCAUCAUAAUAAUACACUCUUCUGCCCAGCAAUCCUCAACAACAGUACACCGUUUUUCAGUGCCAACCUUGAUUGUUUCAUUUGACCUAGAAAAGGUCAAAUACAAGUGUUAAAUGAUCAGCCAAGUGUUGUUUAGUGAGCACUAAAGUUCACUAAUCACGUAUGGAGUAGUCAUCAUCCUGGCAGAAUGAGAUAUUUCAUAUAUUCUGUAUGUAUUCAUGAUACAGUGGUACCUCGGGUAACGUCCCUUGUCUCAAUAAAAAGUAAAUACAAGGAUAGCAUGCUGCAGGGAGUGUAUACCGAACAAACAUGUAAAAACCAGCAGUAAUUUUCCAAGAAUAAAGUCAAACCCAUCCAAUUAAAGUCCACAUGUACAGGGCUCUAGUAAUGGUAAAAAACAUAGAAAGUCAUAAACAGAGCUUUGUUUUAUUAUGAGUUAUUAGAUUCAAGAUUCAAGAGAGUUUUAUUGUCAUGUGCAUGGUAAAACAGCAGUUAUACCAUGCAAUGAAAAUCUUAUUCUGUUCAUUCUCCCACGAAAAGAAAGAAAACACAAGAAAGAAUAAGAACAUAAGAAACAUAAACACAUAAACAUAAAUACCAAUAAAUUAAGCAACAAAAACAGAAGAGACAUUAAUACAAAUAAAUAAAUAAAUAAAGUGCUAUGAGUGUGUGCUUGUGUUGCGUGCGGCGUGUGUGAGUGCUUCGUUGAGAAGCCUGAUGGCCUGUGGGUAAAAGCUGUUUGCCAACCUUGUGGUCCUGGACUUCAAACUCCUGUAGCGUCCGCAUGACGGUAGGAGUGUGAAUAAUGAGUGUUGUGGAUGUGUGCUGUCCUUGAUGAGGUUGUGUGUUCUGCGUAGGACUCUAGAUGUAUAAAUGUCUUGCAGUGAGGGGAGGGCUGCCCCAACAAUGUUCUGUGAGGUCUUGAUCACCCGCUGGAGUGCCUUCCUAUCACGUGUUGUACAGUUACCGUACCAAACAGUGAUGGAGGCGGUAAGGACACUUUCCAUAGUGCAUCUGUAGAAGCAACUCAGGAUUGUGGUGGACAUGCCAAAUUUCCUCAGUCUUCUCAGGAAGUACAGUCUCCUUGGGGACUUCUUCAGAAUUUGUUGGGUGUUGUGAGACCAGGUGAGGUCCUCGCUGAUGUGUGUGCCAAGGAACUUGAAGGUUUUCACCCUCUCCACCUCAGUCUCAUCAAUAAACAGGGGUCUAUGCGGCUCCUUUUCCCUUGUUCUUGGGUCAAUGAUCAUCUCUUUAGUCUUAUCUGUAUUGAGAAGGAGAUUGUUAUCACGACACCAAGCUAUGAGGUCCGCCACUUCUCUUCUGUAUGAUGUUUCAACACCACCAGUGAUCAGUCCGAUGACAGUAGUGUCAUCCGCAAAUUUAAUGGUCCAUUAGUAUCAACAUUCCAUUUGCAUUUUUGAUGUGAUUUGUCUUUGAUUGGCACAUUUGAGUGUGAUGGUCUUCAGGACCUGGAAGACUUGCUGUGAUCAACGGAAGCAUGAAUUGUGCAGCGGAUCAGUCCACUAACCCUCAUCCCACAUGAGCUCCAUGUGUUUCACCCCAUGUACAUGUCGUGUACAUCUACGUUGUUCUCAUUUCAAAACAAUUCUUUCCCAUAGGAAAUCAUGUCAAGUUCAUGAUCAACCUAUACAAGUGCCGCAAAAGAGCUGUAACAGAAGCGAAAAGCAGCUUUUUGGAACAUACACCUCUUCAAAGUUUCUUCUGUUGUUUUUUUUACUUUUCCAACUAUUCCAACUUGGAAAUAGGUGCCUGCCUAAUAAAUCAUUGCUUAUUUAAGUGCCUCAUUGGGCCUGAGACUGAGAUGUUUUCUCCCAGAAUGAUAACCUGGCACAUGUUCAACACAGAAAGUGAACAUCAUACGGAUCAAUACUUGCCAUCCUAGUUGGUGCACUUACUUGAGUUAUGCAAAACAAUGACUUGAUCCCACAUCUGUACUGCACAUCUCUCACUGCUGGAAAUAAAAAACAAUUCAGAUUUGGCAUUUUCUGUGUUUAUUUCUAAAAGAGAAUGGCCUACUUUAUUUGAGGCUAUUUGUAGAUAAGAUUUUUUAUGUGCAUCUUGCAUGCAGCUUUAAAACAGGGGUCACCAACGUGGUGCCCGCGGGCACCAGGUAGCCCCCCACGACCACAUGAGGUGCCCGCAAGCCUGCUUUUCAUUCAGUUUUCAGUUAAUAAUGAAAGAACAGUAGAAAGAAAUGCAUUGUGAAAUACAAAAUGUGAGUUGUGGACACCAGCAUUUUGUUCAUGUUCUGGUAAAACAAGCAUAUUCGCUUUGUUUGAGUUUAAAAUAAGCUCUGAAAAUAAAUGUUACAAAAAUGAGUAGCUCUUGGCCAUUUUCAUUUUGGAAAAGUAGCUCUCACAAGGAACAACGUUGGUGACCCCUGAUUUAAAAUAAAAUUUUUAAAAAACUGUUUAUCGCAGUUAGUUGGUGUUGGUAAUUGGUGUUUGGAGCCUCCAACGCCUCUGUUUUGUUCCACUUCAUGCUACUGCUUGGCCUCAUAUUGAAGCAAAUGGAGCUCUGGUAUCAGAAUACUAUUUAGUCAGGUUAGCAAGGUGCUGAUUUGUGCUUGAAUACGGCCUAUUAUCAGUCAUAUUUUAUCAUCAUAAAAUGAUUAUUAUUAUCAUUAUGAUCUAUUUUCUGCGUGAGGUGGGUUCUACCAACGCCUAUUGAGGUGUUUGGGGUUACCAAGCAUGGUUCUUUGACUGAUAAAGAGUUCCAGGAAAAGGGUUUAUAUUCCAAUACCCGGAUCAGUCUUUGAUAUUUUGUACAACCUGUUGGAAACUUGUCCGUUUUUUUGUGGAGUUUAAUGUACAAAUGGCGAAAAUGAAGUGCGUUUAUAUAUUUGUAUUAUGUAUAAGUCAGCCGGGGACAGGGUUUGUCAAUUCCGUCGACAUUCUCUGAUGGUGUGGUGGCACAUGCUCAAAUAUCAGACAUUUCUUGUAGUUGCUGGCAUUUCAAAAGAGUUGAGGCUUCGGUUGCCAAGGUGGGGUACACAUACCCAGACCACCUCUUCCAGUUACUAUUAACACCAACGACCAAACAGCAGGAAUAUAUUGCAAUAUGGAAUCCAUCUAAAGAUAGACUUCUUGGCAAGUCCAUAAUCUUGGUGUCAAAUCUAUAAUCUGGGUGUGGAGUCUAUAAUAUGAAUGUCAAAUCCAUAAUAUGCGCAUGUUGUACAACACAAGCGUCAAAUCCAUAAUCUGAGUGGAUAAUCUCAGUGACGUAACUUGAAUGGUGAGUAGUACAUCAAAUGAGACAAAGAGAUCAUGAUCUGAAUGCCAAAUCCACAAUCUGAGUGUCAAAUCCAUAAUAUGAGUGGCGAUUCUACAGGAUAAUCUGAAAGGUGAACAUUGUGAAAGAGUGACGAAGCAACAUUUGGGACGACUGUAAUGCGUUACGUAUUCAUGUAAGCAGCUGUUCCUAAUAUAUUUCAUCAUAUUUUAACCCUGCUUUUUUUGUGUGCAAUAUUAGUGCUUUUAUUUGUACACAUGAAAAGCAAAACAGCACGAGCAAAAGAAUACUGGUUAGGAGAUAUAUCAGAACCAGUGCUCGGUCACCAAGGAGAAGCACGAGGCCGCCAUCUUGGCCUUACAACACAAGCUCCAUUCAAUGUCUCAGGCUCUUAAACAUGCUAAUCUGUGCUCAACUCAACGUGAAGCAUUCAAUGUCUACCGUAUGUAUGGAAGAGAUUCAGUAGGAUGCUUUUGGAUUGAAUACCACUUUCAUUCAAGCACAACAUUCUCACCCCCCACUUGGUGUCCGUGUGUGUGUGUGUGUGUGAGAGGGGAAUGCAUUAGAAGCCGUGGUCAUUCAGCUACCAGCUAGACAGGGAUAGGAAGUAACAGAGGGAGCCACACUAUCAUACAUUCAAAUCCCCCUCGAGGCAAUCUCUUAUUUGGACUUUAUUCUCGUAAUAAAAAUAGAAACUUUUUUGUUGUUGUUGUUCCAGCAAUGCCUCUGUGUUGCCUCGCAAUUACUGUUGUCAUUUACUUUUCUUACCUUGUAAUUAACGUACAGUAAGUGCUGAGGCCCAGCAGGGAUGUAUGGCUGGGCAGUUACAGGCAAAAUGAGAAAAAGUAACUGAUUGGGCCUGAGCAGGUGUUUAAAGCACGUUUUAGGUGGUUUGGAGCAUAUGUGGUUCAUUGUUGGCCAGUUGUGGCCAAUGUUCAUAAAUGCACUCUAUUCGGUCUGAAACACGUUUUUAAGCAAUAACUGUUAGAUUUAGUCACUGCAAGCCAGCAGAAAAUGCUCAUUUUAAGGUGUAAGAUUGCAUUUUCAUCAUGUCAUCAUUUGACCAUAGGCCAACGGGUGGAUGUCUAGCCAUUCACAUACUUACUAUUACAUUUCUGUGGUCAUCAUUGCAAACAAUACAAUACUGUUUUAGAUGCUUGAUAAGGUUGAUACAAUUGUUGAUGAAAAAUUACAUGUAUUUGUUAUUAAGUAGACAUAUUAUAAGACAUUACACAAAUGUUUCAUUUAGUGUUUCAUAACAAUACACAUUUUGUCUCAACGAGUGCUUCAAAAAUCAUGACCAAUAGUCCAAAUGUUCUCCUACUAUCAACAAGUAAGACAGGUUGGAAUAAGAAUGGUUUACCAAAAGUAAACCAGUUUUGAUUGGGCCUGAGUAGGUGUUUAGAAGUUCUUUUCAACUUGUUUUUAGCUGAGUGACAUACACAUUCAAGAAUUGUUUAUUUUAGGGAAGGCGGCGAGGAAGACGGACGACCGUGUUGGUGCUGCUGUGACCACAUCUUGGGUUUUUUGCUAUCUUUGAGUCCUGCCGGGACCCCCGAUUUUUACUAAUGCUAAUGCUAAUGCCUCUUAUU